AGAUAGAUAUGUGGAUGGAUGGAUGGAUGGACAAACAGACAGAUAUGUGGAUGGAUAGAUGGACGGACGGACAGAUAUAUACUUGGACGGAUGGAUGGAUGGACGGACAGAUAGAGACUUGGGUGGAUGGAUGGACAGACAGAUAGAUGUGUGGAUGGAUGUAUAGAUGGACAGACAGAUAGAUACUUGGAUGGACGCACGGACAGAUGGAUGGAUGGAUAGACGGACAGAUAGAUACUUGGAUGGAUAGACGGACGGACAGACAUAGAUAUGUGGAUAGAUGGGUGAACAGACAGAUACUUGUAUGGUUGGACAGACGGACAGAUAUAUACUUGGAUGGAUGGAUGGAUGGAUAGAUAGGUACUUGGAUGGAUGGAUGGACGGACAGAGAGACAGAUACUUGGAUUGAUAGACGGACGGACAGACAGAUAGAUAUGUGGAUGGAUGGAUGGAUGGACAGACACAUAGUUGGACGGAUGGAGAGACAGACACAUGGAUGGAUGGACAAACAGACAAUUGGAUGGACGGUUAGAUAGAUGGACGAACAGAUGGCGAGACAGAUAAGCAGACACAUGGAUGGAUGGAUGGAUGAAUGAAUGGAUGGACAGAUGGAUAGACAGACAGACAGAUACUUAGAUGGAUUGACGGACAGACAGACACAUAGACGGACAGAUGGAAAGACAGACAAACAGACACAUGGAUGGAUGGAUGGAUGGAUGGAUAGACAGACAGAUACUUAGAUGGAUUGACGGACAGACAGACACAUAGAAGGACAGAUGGAAAGACAGACAAACAGACACUUGGAUGGAUGGAUAGACGGACAGACACUUGGAUGGAUGGAUAGAUAGACAGACAGAUGGAAAGACAGACAAACAGACACAUGGAUGAACGGACAGACAGACACUUGGAUGGAUGGAUUGAUGGACAGACAGACACAUAAACAAACAGUCGGACAGACAGACAAACACACAUUUAGAUGAACGGGUGGAGGGACAGACAAACAGACACAAAGAUGGAUGGAUGAGAGACAGACACAUAAAUGGAUAGAUGGAUAAUGGAUGGAUGGAUAGAUAGAUACUUGGAUGAUAUAUAGAUAGACAGACAGACAGAAAGAAAUAUAGAUAGAUUCUUGAAUGGAUGGUGAGACAGACAGAUUGAUGGAUGGACAGAUAAAGCAGCAUGCGUGAAAGCUUUUACCGAGAACCUUUUAUCAUUUUUUAUGCCGCUCGCACGCGUCAGUCACAUAUUCACAAAGCGCGCUAGCAGCAUCUGUGAUUUCUCUGAGGACUGGGCGCGCAACAGUUGACGUGCGCGUCUGACGGGAACGCGCAUCUUAAUUGAAAAGUCAAAGAACAGAAACUCUGCUUUUAGUCUCAGCGCAUGGACUCGACUCACCAUCUCAUGGAGUUCCCCUCAGAAAACAAGCACAUCAUAUUAGUUGCAGGUGUUGCUUUGAAGGCUUCAGAGAUGGGCGCGCUCCCUGUGCGUUUGGAGUCGCCAGUGGGAACAAUAUUGUGGAUGCGCACUGAAGUUAACGCAAGCCCGAGGCGAUGAAAACUUACCUGUCAUUUAUCGCCGGAAAAAAGGCACACGGUGAUCACAAACCUGUUGCUGGCUUUCCAGAUGUGUUUGGUUUGACAAUGGUCACCUGCUUUUCUGGAAUCAAUUCUUCCAGCGCCAACAUCACGGCCGUCAGCUCGGAUGUGACCGCGCUCCCCGGGUACACGAUGAUUAUUCUUGCGAUCCUCAUGAUAACCCUGGUGGUCGUGGUGGUGGUCGGGAACGCGCUGGUUAUCUUCGCCUUCGUCGUGGACAAGAGCCUCAGAAAUCAGUGCAAUUACUUCUUCCUAAAUUUGGCUAUAUCAGACUUUCUCGUUGGGGCCUUUUGCAUUCCAGUCUAUAUCCCCUAUGUAUUGACGGGCAGGUGGAUGUUGGGCCGUGGACUGUGCAAGUUGUGGCUAGUGAUGGACUACUUGCUGUGCACGGCUUCUGUCUUCAAUAUUGUCCUAAUCAGCUACGAUCGCUUCUUGUCUGUGACGCGAGCAGUGAGAUACAGAGCCCAGCAGGGCGUCACACGUCUGGCAGUGCUCAAGAUGUUGGCGGUGUGGGUCCUGGCGUUCCUUCUCUACGGUCCGGCUAUCAUCUUUUGGGAACUUCUGGUCGGAGCGAGCAUCGUUCCGGAGGACGAGUGUUUCGCCGAGUUUUAUUGCACCUGGUACUUCCUGCUCUCGGCUUCCACCUUUGAGUUCUUUUCUCCGUUUAUCUCAGUGACCUUCUUUAACUUCAGCAUCUAUCUCAACAUCCAGCGGAGGAACCGGAACAGGAUGGCGCACGUGGACACCGAGAGGGAAGACGGCUGGAGGGUGAUGGACGGCCAGUCUUCGUCCGUUUUCUUCGUAAAAACGCGCAAAAUGACGUCCGGCGAGCCGGCGGCCGUUUCGGCCGUCAUCGAAGACGACGAGGAAGUGUCGCCUUCAUCCAGCGGAGAUCCCAGCAGCACCCACUCAGUUUCUCUGACGAUGAAGGUGACCAAUAAAAAAGGACAUGGACUGUUUAGAGGUUGGGUAAGGACGAGGAUAGUACGAGCGCAGGAGGCUUCGAACGCUUGCGGCCCCUGCAGGAGCGGAGGUCACGCACGGCUCUCCCGAGACAAGAAGAUCGCCAAGUCCCUGGCAAUCAUAGUGUGUGUUUUCGGGGUCUGCUGGGCACCGUACACCCUCCUGGUGAUCAUACGGGCGGCCUGCAGGGGUACGUGCGUGGAACAUCAUUGGUACGAAGUCACUUUCUGGCUGCUUUGGCUGAAUUCGGCCAUAAACCCUUUUCUUUAUCCCCUUUGCCACAGCAGUUUUCGCCGGGCCUUUGCCAAGAUUUUGUGCCCGAAGCGGCAGUCUGUUCGACCGCACGAGGAAAGCCCUUCCUGCCAAUGAAAUCUGGGAUUUAACACACACGGCCUACUGAAAAAUCAAAGCACAAAAGCAAAACGUUUACACCCGAGCAAACUGAAAACUCAUUGACGUCGUUGCUAAAUGGAGUAGCAUGUUUUCUUUGUGUACUUCUGUACUUUUCUUUAUCCAAAAAUCAUUGACGUUGACUUUUAAUUAAUGGUUUUAAUCGCUGCAAGGAAGUGAUUAACAAACACAUAUUUGGAGCUGUUUCACUUGUUAGCACUUAAGUUGCAUGCUGUAGGGUUGAUCUGUGGUUGAUAAAUGAUGCAGCUAGUGUUCAGAGCACAUCCAGUCGACCGUCCUGCCCACAUAAACAUCAUUUAUCGACUAUUGUACAUUCCAGCCCAUUGACUCGCACGGUUCAGCAGAGAAGAGCUGAUCUAUCCAAGACGUCAUUAUGACUCAAAAGAGAAAAGAAAAAUGUUUUUUCAUCACAGCCCUCAGCUUCACAAACAGACUGUGAAGAGAAAUCAUAUAACCUGCUACGGACAGGCUAAACCAAAUAUUGUUUUUGAAUGUAACUUUUGUGAAAUUCUUGUGAAAUGUUAAUGUUAUAGGUAUAUCAGUUUACAACAAAAGGAUUUCAUCGAUAUUAGAGAAAUAGUUCACCCAAAAUGAAAAUUAGCUCAUAUUUUAUUCACACUUAAGCCAUCCAAGGUGUAUAUGACUUUCUUAUUUUAGCCAAACACAGUUAUAUUAAAUAAUAUCCUGACUCUUCUUGAUCCGUGCCAAAGUCAGCAGCUCCAGUACGGAUCCGGCCCUAAGUCGUCUGCUGUUUAGGAAGAUAGUGCCCAAUUUUUUAAAGCUUCAAAAACGCACCCAUCAAAAACUAAUGUGUACAGUUAUGAAAUGUCUUCUGAGGUGAAUCGAAGGAAAUGUUUAUAUUUAAAAAAAUGUAACUUUGGCUAUACGUGUGUUGACGAGAGAGUUGAGGUCACCUCUGAUCCAACAUUACAUUAUUGCUUUACUUUGGAAGACAUUUAAUAAUUGCAUGAAUUGUUUUUUGAUGGAAAGAUCCAUUUUAUUGGGCUUUACAAAAUGGGGCACUAUCCAAAGCUAUUAUAAAACUGAAAAGAGCAAAAAUAUGCGUUUGGCUGCAAAAAGAAAGUCAUAUACACCUAGAAUGUCUUGAGGGUCAGUAAAAUAUAGGCUAUUUUCUUUUCAUUUUAUUCCUUUAAAGGAAUAGUUCACCCAAAAAUUUACAUUUUCAAAAAACUGACGUCUUUCCGCCCUCGAGCUAGUGGGCGUCGAGAGGUUAAGUACUCAGAUGAUGUAUUACAAGCAGUGUUCGGUGUAACUAAUUACUAAGUAAUUAGUUACUGUAAUUUAAUUACUUUUCCAUUGGAAAAGUAAAGUAAGGGAUUACUUUUAUUUUCUCAGUAAUUUAAUUACAGUUACUUCUGAUGUAAUUGAAUUAAAUACUGUGUAUGGACUGUAGAUCAAUUAUAUAUAAUACAAUAGUAGAUUUUGCAUCAAAAUUUAAAGUCUAACGUUAAAAUGCAUGUUUUUAUGUAUCCUUGUCACUUUAAAUACUUUGGUGAGUUAAUAAUGGUAAUUCUCACUAUUAACUGGUUAUAAGCAUUAAUAUAACUGAGAUAUUAGCUUUUAUUAGUACACUAUAAAAACCAACGGUGCUAAAUAGUACUAAAAGUGGUUCACUGGUUCGUAAUCGUAGGGGAACUAUUUUAAGUGCAAUAUACAUAUACUGUAGCACCUAUGUAAUGUAGAACCAUAUUGUGCUAUAUAGAACCAUAUGUGGUGCUAUAGUGGUGCCAUAUCACCCCCGUAUGGUUCUUCAUAGGUGCUUUAUAGGUGCUAUUUAGCACUAAAAAUGGUUCCCCUAUGAUUACGAGCUUUUAGUGCUAUUUAGCACAAUUUUUUUGUGUACUUAAAAAGCACAUAUUAAUGCCUGAUUCUGCAAAACCUUAUUCUACAUCCUUAAUACAUAAUUUACAAAGUAUUAAUAAGCAGUAAUUAGGAGUAUACUGAGGCAAAAGUAGUUAAUAGUGAGAAUUGGACCUUAAAGGGGUCAUAUUAUGAGAUUUUUUUUAAAGAUGUCAAAUAAAUCUUUGGUGUCCCCAGAGUGCUUAUAUAAAGUUUUAUCUUAAAAUACACAACAAAUAACUUAUUAUAGCAUGUUAACAUUGAGCUCAUUUACAUGCACACCAAUAAUGCGAUUACAAUGGGAUUUUGUCAAUACUGCGAUUAUACCUUACCUCAUGUAAACGCAAUAAUUCGAUAAAAAUAAUGCGAUUAAGCUCAUAAUCGCAGUAAGUAUAAUCGCAUUAAAAGAGGUGGCGUACACCGUUUAUAAUCGCAGUAUGCAUCCAUGUACACGCUUUAAACGCCACUUUGUAGGCCUAAGCAAAAAUUUGCAGUUUUUGGGUGUGUCCUUUAAAAUGCAAAUGAGCUGAUGAAAUGCAAACACUGAUUAUGGUUGGUUGUUUGUUGCAAUUGAAACUUAAUUGUGCUGUCAAUUCUUUUUUCCUCUCUUUCUCUGGUCGGAUAGUGCAGAUUAAGGGGGUGGUAUUAUUGUAAUUGGCCUUGCUACUACCUACCUCGCAAAAAAAUGGCUUACCAAAAUUAAGUUACUAGGAUGAUCUUUUUCACGUUUUCUAGGUUGAUAGAAGCACUGGGGACCCAAUUAUAACAUUAAAACGUGGAAAAAGUCCGAUUUUCAUGCUAUAAUGUGUGUAACCAAAAUAAUUUAUGUACUUUCAUAAGAUUUAUUCAAGACGUUUUAAGCCUAUCUUUGUAUCAUUUACUCAAUAGGAUUUAGAAAGUAAUUAGUAAUAACUAAAAACGUUUUGGAGAGGAAAUUAUUACAGUAAUCUAAUUACAUGAUUGAUUAGUUAUCAAUUACUUUUUUGAGUAACUUACCCAACACUGACUGCAGGAUUUCUAAAGUGCUUUAUCACGAGUCUUACAUUUUCUCAUUAGCUGAAAAGCUCUCCAUUACAGUUGCUUGUAUAUCGCAUCCAAUCUAAAUGUUGUGCGUCACAUCAAUUUUAUGCUAGGUUAACUUUGAUGGAAUUAACUUGACAUGCCAUGUUUAAGUUGAACGCAAAAGUGCAAAUGAGGUUUCAAGAGCUACAGCUGAAAGGUUUCCAGCACACACAAAAGAUAAUACAGGAGACAAGUAUGUUGCUUUUUUAUUUUGGUGCUUGAAAGCCCUGAUCCAUAUUAUGGAAAGAAGACUCUGAAUGUUCUGCAAUAUAAGUGCUUGCGUGUAACGCAAAAGUCCUAAAAGUUUGGAUCGAAAUAAAAGUGAACCAUGACAUUUAUUUUUGGGUGAACUAUUUCUUGUUUUAUGUUUUUUUAAAGACUCAUGGGUACGAUGUUGUAGCAGCCAAACAGUACGGUUUCGUUGACCGACGCUAAAUUUUCCUACUUGUGUUGUAUUAGGAAUGUUUUCAAAUUGUUUAUAAUAAUUUCAAAGGUGUUUUUCAAUAAGGUUUGAAUCGUUGUAAGUAAAGGAGAAUGUUGUUACUCAACAUAAAAAUACACGUAUUCCUUGUU